AUGCUAUCCGCGACAAUUUCCAAUGCUUCCUCCACUCACGUCCCGGCCUGGAGGAGAUUGGGCCUCAAGUUGAAGUCGGCCCAAGAGGUCCCAGUUGUUGAACCUGCUCAGGAGGAGAUUUCCAAGAGGAAGAGGCCAGCCACCGAAGACAACACACCCUUGAAGAAGCCCAAAAAGAAUUCAAUAUUUUCUACAGGCUCUUCCUCGACACCAAUUACUCCGCAACUUGCCAGGAAGAAGUCGGUUACCUUUACGCCUGAAUGUAAGACCGACGACGGGGACAGCAUAAAGCAAUUAUUCAACUCUUGGAAGGCACAUCAACAAGCACAAGAUCCUACCUUUGAGUUUGGAAAAUCUAACCCUGUCUCUCAAACACCAGAGUCACCACGAGUCGAAGAACAAGUCGACGCAAACCUUGACGUGAGGGAGCGCAAAGUCAAACGAGUCAAAAAGCCAGUACAGGAGAAGCCGAGCAAGUUGAAGCAAACGAAACCCUCGAAAAUUGUCAAACUGACAACACCUUCUUCGAGACCGUUCCUACAGUAUCUCAGACAAUACUGCGAAUCUCGCGACAGCUGGAAGUUCAACAAGAACCACCAGAAUCAUCUUCUCAAGCACGCGUUCAACUUCCAAGUCGUACCUUCGGACCACGUUCACUUUCUCUACGAGUACGUGAAAGGGCUACAAGGAGGCGUUCGGACAAGACUGCGAGACACGGCUAUCGAAAUCAAAGUUAAGGAUCUGGAAGCAGGCGAGAGCGGAUUUCCCGAGACCAUGGGGCUCCCGGAGAAGAGACAGCGAGAGUAUGAAGUCGCGAUGCAAGAGUACGUGGCAACCAUGACGGCAGCUGAGCUUACUGAAGAGGUGGGAUAUGAGGAAGGGAUCUUGUCAGGGCUAUCAGAUGAGGCAAUGAAAGGGAGGGUCGCGAAAAGGAUGAGGACGGAGAAAAUACUCGCGACACUAGCAUCUACUCCGGAACGUAGUGGAAAUACCACAUCUACUAUUGCAGCCAAGGAGAACGGAGAAGCUCAGGAUGCAGCUCGGGCGAAGGAUGCGUUACCACAAAAGCUUGCUAGGAAGCGUAAACAGAGGACUGUUGUCACCCUCGACUCGUCCUCGGACUCCAGCAGCAGCGAUUCCGAAGACAGCCCGGCAGACGACGAUACGGCCCAGAACGACCAGGACGAGUCAUCAUCCAGCUCGUCGAGUUCGUCGUCGUCGUCCGACUCGAGUAGCGAGGAGACUGAAAGCGAUUCGGAAGAUAGUAGCGACAGCGAAUAG